AUGACAUCGUUUGAUCUGUCUUCACACUUGAUAUGCCUUGUUAAUUUAAAGAAAAUUCACUUUGGUGGGUGCGUGAAUUUAAAGAAGAUACCUAAUUUUUCAAGAGCCAUCAACCUUGAAAUCCUUGAUUGCUCUAACUGCAAAAGUUUGGUUGAACUUUGGAAUGAAGAUGAUCAUAUGGGCUUUGUUAAUUUAAGACAAAUUCGUUUUAGUGGGUGCGUAAAUUUAAGGAAGAUAAUUAAUCUUUCAGGAGCCAUCAAACUUACACUCCUUGAUUGCUAUAACUGUGAAAGUUUGGUUGAACUUCCUUGCCUCAAUCAUUUGGCAUCUCUUGCUAAGCUUGUACUUUAUGGAUGUUCUAGUCUCAAGAAGUUUCCUCAAGUCCCAAUUCACUUUUAUUCUUUAAAUUUAUCAGAAACCGGAAUAGAAGAAGUGCCUGAUUCAAUUAAUAAUCUCCACGAACUUCGAACUUUGCUGUUGUGGAAGUCACAGGUAAAAAAAGUAUCGACCAAGUUGGAAUUCCUUCGUGAAUUGGAUCUUAGUGGUUGCCCAAUUACAGAAUUGCUUUUCGACUCUCCAUGUAAUCAUCAGCACUUAAAUAUGAGUGGCUCAGCGGUAAAAAAUGUAUCGAUCAAGUUGGAAUCUCUUCGUUAUCUGAAUCUUAAUGGUUGCCCAAUGGUCGAAUUACUCUCAGAGCUUCCACCGCAUCUGGAAGUCUUGAGUGUAAAUGACUGCAAAUCGUUAGAAAAAGUAUCCUUUGCAGAUCAAAAUUUAAAUCAGUUUUGCAUACACGAUAAAUUUUUGAUGCAAUUCCGUAAUUGCUUCAACUUGAAUCAAGAGUCAAUUAAAAACAUUGAGGCAAAUGCCAUGCUCAAAAUUGGAUCCCUAGCUAUGAAAUGGGCAGCGAGAUAUGGUAGGGUAAAACGGCCUGAUAACUCUGGAAGUUUGCUUUGUUGUUUCCCAGGAAACAAAAUUUCAGCAAAUAAGUUCAAAUGUCAGAGCAUGAAUUCUUCCUUAAGUUUGAAGAUAGCCCCAAAUGGGGGUAGUGGGAGUAGAUUUUUGGUUUUUGCUAUCUGCCUUGUGGCUGAUCUCGCUUUCUGCAAUGACGUUUUACUUCGAUAUAUUUGUGAGUACCAACUUACAACUGCCGGUGGUGGCAAUGGUGGAGGUGGUUGUGAAAGUUUCAGAAGUGAGAUAUCUCACUUCGUUCUUUAUGAGCAAGGUAAGUACAUGGAUUAUCACGUGUUUAUUCUAUCUAGCACCGACAUGGUUAUAGAAGACAAGAAUUAUGAGGAGGCAUCAUUCAAAUUCUACAUCGGACAUUUUGGUUUUAGAACAGCAGGAGAAGAGUAUAUCAAGGUGGAGAGAUGUGGUGUUCAUGUAUUUUACGUGGAUAAAAAGAGUGAUACAGAUGCUACUGAAAAGAGAGUUGCUGGGAACAAAAGAAGCUUUAGCCAUGAUCGUGAAGAAGGGGAUGGGGGACUUAAAAGAUUGAAAUAGUUUGUAUUUCUUUCCAUCUUUGGCUCUACUUUUGAGGACUUUCAACUUCUCCAUUAUGUCAUCCAAAUGCAUAGAAUCAAUGGUGGACUCGAUUCAGCUUCAUUGUUUAGUUUCCAGCAUUGGUGUCACCUGGUAUCUCAAUACUUGCUGCAUUUUCCUUCAAUGAUAUCUAGAUUCAUUAGAAAGAUUAGUUAUUUUUGCCACUGCUGAAUUGGAGCUUUAGCCAUAUAAGGAGGAGCACCUGAACUGUAAGAGCUUCAAUUUGUUUUGCUGAAUGCUUGCUUUAUACAAGUGUUUGAAUUGAUAUUUGGUGACAAUGCAAGUAAUAAAUGUAAUACCCCUACCCGUAUUCAUUGCCGGAAUAGGGUACGAGGCAUUACCGGAGUUUACGAAUUAA